AUGGAUUACCUUAAAUCUGCGCUUCCUUCACAAAUAAUGUCCGAACGAGGCUCCAAUCUCGUUGUUAUCAACCCUGGUUCUGCAAAUAUUAGAAUUGGCCUUGCUUCACAGGAUACCCCUUUUAAUGUUCCUCAUUGCAUUGCUCACUAUACCAAACAGGUUCCUAAGAGGAAUGUUCAAGAUCAGAUGCUUAAUAGUCAGGUUACAACUACACAGCACAUGGAAAGGGAAAAGGCUUAUGAUGUUAUCGCUUCUUUGUUGAAGAUACCCUUUCUGGAUGAAGAACCUUCUGGCAGCUCUUUCCCCCGAAAGUGGCGCUAUUCUGCUAUAGCGGAGCGGAGGCCGACUGCUAUGGGAAGAGUCUUGGCGGUGAAGAACACUGUUAGGAACCCAAUAUUCAAGAGAAAAUAA